AUGCUAGCGCGCGGGCCGCGACGAGCAGGCUCCAGAAAGCGACGCCUGCCUCAGGUCCUUUAUCGUCACAUCCGAACAGAGCCAAUGGGAGAGCUUCAUUCCACUGGCAGGCAGGCCGAGUUCGGGGAUGGCGCCGCAGGUGGCGCGACCGCAAUGUGGCGGCCGGACCCACAGAAUCAUUGCGGCCAUCGAAAGCUCGUCAGCUGCGCUGUGCGCUCAGCAGAGCGGUCCGGGUCCUCGAGCCACGCGACCGUGUUUGGCAGUCAGUGGACAAUCUGCCUAAUUGCGCUGCAAGGCAAGGCGAGGGAGCUGUGGGCAGGAACGCCAGCGGGUCACAGACUUACAGAGCGAGCUACGGGAGGAAGGCAGAGAGGGAGACGAACCAGCUGGAUUGUCGAUUGCGAGUUGAAAACGAGGGAGGAGAAGACUCAGAAGAAGCUGGAGGGCGAAAUUGCCAGGAAUUGUUGCCGAGUGGAAAGGAGAGGCGGAAGGGUGGAUGUGGCUUGGCCUGGAAGCACGAGAGGCAGGCAUAGGAGACAUCGAUAG